AUGGACAUGGACAACAAUUUCCGAAGAGAACAGGCACAGAUCAGAGGACUGCAGCGCGAACUCGAUUGGGAAAAGGACAUGUCCAGGGAGAUGGUUUAUCGUAAAGGUGAAACUGACAGCGACAUUGAGAGACAUCCGGAGAGACAUGCCAAAACUCUGGAAAAAGUUCGUAGGGAACACGAGGAAAAAGUCAACGCAUCCAUCAUAUAUGCUGCCGAGCUCACUAGAAGAGUUGAGUGCCUGGAUAGGAUAGAGGAAAAACAGAAAAGUCAACUUGAGAUCCUCAAGAAAGCCGAAAACGCUGUUAUUGAAAUGGUCAACGCAUCCAUUGUCUAUGCCGCCGAGCUCACGAGGAGAGUGGAAAUCAUGAAGAAGGUGGAGGGGAAGCAGAAGGAGCAACUUGAGAAGAUUCAAGAAGUCGUAGACGUUGUUUUUGUUACUCUCCUUCAACGAAAACUUCGACUCGCAACCGGAUUAUUAAAACGUUUUGGAAACGUGAAAACUGUUGAGAGCGCGGUUGAAGAAUGGGAAAAGAAGCAUGAGGGAAAUAUGAACGAAGUUCGAAGAAAACGAAAUGAGAAGGUGGACAGUGCCAUCCUGUAUGCGGCAGAAAUGGAAAAAAGGGUGGAGUCAUUGGAAAGAAAUGAUAAGAAACAGAAGGAGCAGUUUGAGAAGUUUGAGGAAGUAUUGAAAGUUUUGGAGGAUGAGAAUGUGAAGUAUGAAGAGAAGAUUAAAAUGAUGCAGAAAAGUUUGAGGGCAGCAAAACUCCAGAAAAAAUCAGCAAUGUCAUCUUCUUGCAAACUGCACAACCCAAACCAAUCAAAAAUGGUCCGUCAAGAAAAUGGAAUUCAGGCCAGAACCGCAAUUUUAAAUGGGUUGAAAAAUGCGUUGAACCAAGAUGAAAACCAACCACCAGCUGAAAACCAAGAGCUCAAGGUUGCGCUGGAGUACGCUGCGGAGAUGGAGAAGAGAGUCGAGGGGCUUGAUGCGGUGAUCAGGAACCAGGAGAGAAUGUUCCAAGAGCUCGCGGAGAGUAUGGAGAAAGUGAGAAAAGCUAACGUGGCUCUCCGUCGGAAAAAUGCUCGGUUGGAGGCUGAAUUAAAGGCUGCCGUCAGCAACCAAGAAGAUAAGGAGAAUCUGUAA